GAUCUUGAAAAUUAAGGCUCACAGGGGCUACCUAAACACGACACGAUGCGCACUUCAAUCCGGCUAUUCCAAAAUGCCCAACUCACCCUCUUCACACGCGUCCAUUGCUCUCUAUGCGAUACGGCAAAAAACACCAUAGCAAAGCUACGAGAAAGGAAGCCAUUCACAUAUUCAGAAAUUGAUGUUAUGACCCCACAAAACAAACGGUGGAAGGACGUUUACGAGUUUGACGUACCUGUGCUGCACGUUCAGCGAGUCCUUUCUACAUCCAAUGACGGAGGCGAAACUCUAUCAGAUCCAAAAAAGUUAUUUCACCGAUUUACGGAGCAGGAAGUUGAGAAGGCAAUAAAGGAGGUAGAAUAAUUGAUAUAAAAAUUACGAAUAUGUGUGAUUAUGUUGCUAUC